UUGCUGUGCGCAUGCGCUGAAGAAUAAGGUAAGCGGAGCGCUCUGUCGGCCUUAAGAGUUUCCCAGCGGAUACACCGGAAGUGUGGGGAAGAACGGGACUACAUUCCCCAGCGGGCUUUGCGACUGCACAGGAAGUGCCGGGAAAUCGCGCUUCCUGUCGCUGUGGAUCGCCAUGGCGCCCACCAUCCAGACCCAGGCGCAGCGGGAGGAGCCCGGCCACAGGCCCAACUCUCACCGUGCGCUUCCUGAGAGAUCCGGGGUCGUGUGCAGGGUCAAGUACUGCAACAGCCUCCCCGACAUCCCCUUCGACCCCAAGUUCAUCACAUACCCCUUUGACCAGAACAGGUUUGUGCAGUACAAAGCCACCUCUCUGGAGAAGCAGCACAAGCACGACCUGCUGACGGAGCCCGAUUUGGGCGUCACCAUUGACCUGAUCAACCCCGACACAUACCGCAUCGACCCCAGUGUUCUUUUGGACCCAGCGGAUGAGAAGUUGCUGGAGGAGGAGAUCCAAGCGCCAGCCAGUUCCAAGAGGUCCCAGCAGCAUGCCAAAGUUGUUCCAUGGAUGAGAAAGACUGAAUAUAUCUCCACAGAGUUCAACCGAUACGGUGUCUCCAAUGAGAAGCCAGAGGUUAAGAUUGGUGUGUCAGUCAAGCAGCAGUUCACAGAGGAGGAGAUCUACAAGGACAGGGACAGCCAGAUCGCAGCCAUUGAAAAGACCUUCGAGGAUGCUCAGAAAUCUAUAUCUCAGCACUACAGCAAGCCCCGGGUGACCCCGGUGGAGGUCAUGCCUGCCUUCCCUGACUUCAAGAUGUGGAUCAACCCUUGCGCUCAGGUCAUCUUUGACUCGGACCCGGCGCCAAAGGAUACCAGCGGCACAGCGGCUCUGGAGAUGAUGUCUCAGGCCAUGAUCAGGGGUAUGAUGGAUGAGGAAGGGAACCAGUUUGUGGCCUACUUCCUGCCGGUGGAAGAAACGAUGCGGAAACGGAAGCGGGAUCAAGAUGAGGAGAUGGAUUACGCUCCUGAGGAUGUGUAUGAGUAUAAGAUCGCUCGGGAGUACAACUGGAACGUCAAAAACAAAGCCAGCAAGGGCUACGAGGAGAACUACUUCUUCAUUUUCCGCGAGGGCGAUGGCGUCUAUUACAACGAAUUGGAGACCAGGGUGCGUCUCAGCAAGCGCCGGGCCAAGGCCGGGGUGCAGUCGGGAACCAACGCCGUGCUUGUGGUGAAGCACAGAGAUAUGAACGAGAAGGAGUUGGAGGCCCAGGAGGCUCGCAAAGCCCAACUGGAGAACCACGAACCGGAGGAGGAAGAAGAAGAGGAGAUGGACUUGGGCAAGGAGGCUCAAGGAUCCGAGGAAGAGCCGGAGAAAGGCAGCGAGAGCGAGAAAGAGGCCAGCGAAGCGGAGGAAGAGGAGGAGGAGGCCCGUUCGGCCAGCGAGAGCGAAGCGGAGGCCAGCGAAGAGGAGGUCGCUGGGGCUGAGGAAGAGGAGGAAGAGAGCGAGGAGGACGAAAGGGCGGCCCGCGACAAGGAAGAGAUCUUCGGAAGCGACGACGACGAGGACUCCGAGCAGGAGGGCGGCCAGCCUGAGGGAGAGGAGGAGGAGAGCGGAAGUGAGGAGGAAGAGGAAGAAGAAGAGGAGGAGGAAGAGGGAGGAAGCAGCAGUCGCCGCCAGCAGCGGCAAGGCAGCCGCAGCCCCUUCCUCAGUGGCAGCGAUCACUCCAACCACGAAGAUGAAGAAGAGGAGGAAGAAGAAGGCGAGGCCAGCGGGAGCGAAGCCCACUCCGAGUCCAGCGAAGAAGGCAGCGAGAGUGACUGAGACUCUUGACCUUCGUGGGGAGCAAGACUGUAUUCCUCGCCCAGGGAAAAGAGAAAGACUUCAGGGCAACUUCUUGCCCCCUGGCACAAGGUGGACCCCAUUCUGGGCAACCUUCUUGGGCCAAAGGACUGUGCCAUUGAAGGCACUUGUGUGUCAGAGAGAAAGAGAGAGAGAUUUAUGUUUUAUCUUCUCCCUUUGUGUUUCCCUUUCUGUACAUAACAAUAAUGUGUUGUGCUCCUGACAAUAAAGUCUUCAGUUCCUUUUCUGUCUCGAGUAUCUGGUCCCAUUCUUUUGUAAGGGAUCACGGGUUUAAGGUGAAGAAAUCCACAGAGUCCAAUAGGUUCAGGUAAGACACCGUUUAUUCAAGCUGAUCAGCAUGAGGUGAACAGACAGCACUUCUGCAAGGGCUUCCACAGACUGCCGCCCCCUCCUCGGCUUUUUGCAAACCUUUAUACUCAAGUAAUACAAGGGUUUUUUGGUCAUGGAAAGUACUCUCUUUCCAGCCCCCCUCCCUUGACCUUUUGAUGGCAAGUACCUUCUUGCACCUGCAGACUUUGCGCUUAACCACAAACCAACUUCCUAUGUAAGCUCAAACUUUGUAUGACCUCUACAUGUCACUUCUUGUUUUUAAAACAUUUUCCUCCGUGCUGCUCCUUUUCUACGGGGAGGGGGUACAUUUCUUAUGUUUCUUUACUAAAGGCUUUAAAAAGUAAAGGUAGACCCCUGACAUUAAGUCCAGUCAUGUCUGACUCUGGGCUGAGGCUCUUGACCUUCAUGGGGAGCAAGGCUGUAUUCCUCGCCCAGGGAAAAGAGGAGAGACUUCAGGGCAACUUCUUGCCCCCUGGCACAAGGUGGACCCCAUUCUGGGCAACCUUCUUGGGCCAAAGGACUGUGCCAUUGAAGGCACUUGUGUGUCGGAGAGAAAGAGAGAGAGAUUUAUGUUUUAUCUUCUCCCUUUGUGUUUCCCUUUCUGUACAUAACAAUAAUGUGUUGUGCUCCUGACAAUAAAGUCUUCAGUUCCUUUUC